AAUCUACUUUACCUUCAUAUUAAUUCUAACCUAAAAGUUGUCCAUUGUUUGUUUAUUAACUUGUAGUAACUCAGAGGAACUUGACGCAUAUUAAACCGCACAAAACCUACUACAAUGGCUCUGAUUAUGCAAAGAAAGACCAACGUGCGUCUUCCCCCAGAAAUCAACAGGAUCUUGUACGUGAGAAACCUGCCGUACAAAAUAACCGCUGAAGAAAUGUACGACAUAUUCGGUAAAUACGGAGCGAUCAGGCAAAUCCGCCUUGGCAACACGCCGGAGACCAGAGGCACUGCUUUUGUUGUGUACGAGGACAUUUUCGAUGCCAAAAAUGCUUGUGAUCAUUUGUCUGGGUUUAACGUCUGUAAUCGGUAUUUGGUUGUGUUGUAUUAUCAAGCAAGUAAAGCCUUUAAGAAAACUGACAUUGAGAAGAAACAGGAGGAGAUUGACAAGAUGAAAUCGAAGUAUGGAAUCAAUACAUAAUUUAUUUUAGGUUAAGCUUACAAGUAUAAUGUUUUUUUUAUAAAUAAAUGUGGAAAGGUAACAAUUUUUGUUAUGAUUAUUUCUAAUAAUUUACGAAGACAGAAAAUUAUUUUGUGUGAUACUAAAU